UGCUCGUGCUCCUGUUUCCUUUGCGGCGGCAGCUAGCCUGUCUGAUGCCCGCCACGAUUGCCGCCGACAUGGUGGCGCUCCGCACGUGGCAUCUCGAUCGAGAAAUCGCAGCGGCACUGGAGCGUUCUGCUGGCUUGCCGCCUCAGCUCGUGAUCGUCGGCGCGGGGCUCGACUUCCGCUGCGUGCGGCUUGCUGGCAGCCUGGGCGGCGGGAAGGUGUUUGAGCUCGACUUCCAGGGGAUGCUCGAUGAGAAGUGGGCGCUACUCGGGGCCGCUGGGGUGCCACCCCCACCUCACCUCGUGAGCGUGGGCUGUGACUUGAGUCUCGGUCCUGCCGGCUGGGUCGAUGAGCUGCGGCGGCGAGGCUUCGAUGAUCGCCGCCCGUCCGUGUGGCUACUCGAGGGCCUCGUGCCGUACCUGAAGCCACCCGAGCUGGAGGCGCUGCUCCGCGCCAUCUCUGAGCUCUCGGCGCCGCAGAGCUCACUCCUCGCCACCUUCAUCUCCCCGACGCGCCCCGCCGGUUCCGUCGGCGCUAGCGUCUCAGUGUCGAUGAACAAGUACACCACCGAGUCGCCUGCGGACACGUUGUCCACUUUCGGCCCCGCCGCCGUCGUCACCAUUGGCGAGCUCAUCACGCGGUGCGGCGCGCGUGGCGAGACCAUGGGCAUCCAGCCGUCGGACGCUUCGUACACGUUUGCCACAGCGUGCCGGGAGUGACACGGCCGGGAGAGUGCCCGUCGCCGGGCUGCAUCUACCUUAUCCCACGGCUAACUUAGUACGAAUACUAGCCUGCGAGCUAGGGCUCCUGGCUCCUGUCUUGUAGUAGAGACUCUGGGGUUAAUGUAACUCUCACAUCACUCUC